UAAAAGAUUCUUAAAAUAUGCCAAAAUUUUUUGUACAAGUGAAAAACUAAAAAACAGGAUUUUUAUUUUAUUAAUUUUAAUCAUUAUUUAAAAUUGUAGUUAUGGCCGAUAAAGAGUUAUUGGAGAGACUUGAUAAAGUACCAUUACCGAGACCCGGCUUCGAUGCUUUAGGCAUGUCAGCUCCUGUUUUAGUACAAAUGAAUCCAGAAGGAAAAUGGGAGAGUUGUAAACCCGAAAGUUUGGAUGAAGAAAGAUUAAGAGCUGUUGUACAACAUUUGGUCAAUUCGAAGGCAAUAUCUGCAGCUCAAAGUUAUUGCUGUCAAUGUGCCGUGGACAAUCAGAAACAGGAAGGUAAAUCAAACUAUGUUCCAAUCAUAAUGAUGCCAAUCUAUCCAGCUAAUAAAUGUCCAUUUGAUAUGGAAUGUGAAAUACAAAAGAUAAAAGAAACAGAAUCGAAACCAAGUAAGAAAACUAAGAAAAUGGAAACAGUAGUAGAAUCGGAGAAAAACAAAGACAAGAAGAAAAUCAAGAAACGUGGAUUUGUAAUGCAACGACUCACAGAUUUUGAUUUGUUGUCACAAUGGUAAAAAUGUAAAAAAAAAAUUAAUAUAAAGUGUAACGUGUGAUUAUUUCUUUUUUGUUUUUAAUAAUUAAUAUAUAUAAUAAAAAUAA